AUGCAUUUAAUUUCAAAAUCUUUUUUUGGUUAUGCUUUAUUUUUCAUUAUCGCUAUUCUAAGUGCUGCAGUUUCUUCUACCAAUAUAUGCACUAGAAGUUUAUUAUUAAAGCGUAAUGAAGACAAAGUCUGUUCGUGUUCCGUAGCAAGUGCCGAAUUCGAUAAUGAACUCAGUGGCUUAAUCACCGGCUCACAAAAUGAACAUGGAUCAAUAAAAUUCACUGGCAAAUUCUUUGGCGGGCUUCCCUCAUCCGAACGCCACUCAAUUGAAAUAAUCGAUGGGUGUGGAAAUUUAAUAAAGGAUGUCACUGAUGAAUUUAAUAUUAAAGAUAAUGGUGACGGAAGCUCAGAAUUUUUCGUUUCAGUCAUUAACGACCUUAGUUUAGAUUGUGGUGAUAAUGCAAUCUUCUUCCGCCCAACUUCCUCCAACUGUACUUGUGCUGGAAAUAAUAAAAGAGAAGAACCAAAUCCAAAGUUUAAAAUGGGUUUAUCUGUGAGCAUGGUGGGAUUUUCUACUAUUGAACCAAAAAUUAACACCAAAGGAACUAGUGUUGAAAUUGCAAUGAUAGAGAAUGUUGGACAAGAUAAAAAUAGCAAACAAAUAAAUAAACAAUUUAAAAUUGUUAUUUUCCAUCCAUUUGAAUCAAGAUUAUCAAGCAUUACCAAAAGUUGCAAGAAUGUAUCUAGAUUGUUUAUAUCUGGUCAUUUAUCUCCACAAAGAAAAAACUUGGCUAAAGAAUUUUUUCUUCAAGAAGAAAAUCAACAACAAAUACAAUUACCUAAUCAAAAUAAUCAUCAAAAUCAAUUACCUAAUAACCAACCUACUCAACAACAACUUCAAUUGACUAAUCAAACAAACAAUCAACCUUCACUUCAACAACAACCUCAACAAUUCCAGCAGGAACCUGAAUUUCAACAAUCUAAACCUCAACAGAAAUCACAACAACAAUUUCAACAAGAACUUGAACUCCAACAAAGUACUGAACUUCCCAGUCAACCAACUAAUCAAUCUGUUAAACAACAAGUACAAUCAAUAGAAAAUGAAGGAGGAAUAAGUUUUACAGAAUUUUUGUAUCAAAUAUUACAAGCUUAUGAUUUUUGGUAUCUUUAUCAUAAACACAAUUGCACUAUUCAGUUGGGAGGAAGUGAUCAGUGGGGAAAUAUUACAUCAGGGAUAGAUUUAAUUAAUAAAAAGAGAUCCAAGAAUAUUAAUGAUGUUGAUGUUGAUUAUUUUAUGAAAGUAACUGAUCUAGAUUUAAAAAAAUAUCUUCAAAUGUUUACACUUUUGGAUUGGACAGAAAUUAAAAAAAUUAUAGAAAAACAUAUGCAAUCACCAGAAUCUCAUUAUGGACAAGAAAUAUUAGCAUCUGAAGUAACAGAAUUGGUACAUGGAAAAUCAGGUUUAAAUGAGGCAAAAUUAUCAACAAAAAUUUUAUUUAAUUCUCCAGAAAUAAUAAAUUUUCAAUUAUUAUUAUCAACAUUUGAAAAUAACAAGAAUCAACUAAUUAAACUAUCAAAAACCUCAGUGAUAAACAGUACAAUAGAUAAGUUGUUGGUAUUAUCAGGCGUAUGUAAGUCAUGUAGUGAGUCAUACAAAGUAAUAAAAUCAGGUAGAUUGUAUUUGAAUAAUGUUAGAAUUGAAGAUGUGAAUAUUUGA